AGCGGAGGCGCGCGGCCAUGGCUGCCGCGGCCGGGCAGGGGGGCCGGGGGGGCGGCGCGUGAGCGGGCGGCGCGGGGCGGGCGGGCGCCCGCGAUGUGCCACUCGGCGCCUCCCCCGCCGGGCCCUGCUUGCACCGCGGCCGGGCGGCUCUGGUAGCCGGCGAGCGGCGCGGAAGGGGAGCGCGGCGCGCGAGUCUCAUUGUUGGGGGGGGGGGGCCCGUCGGGGCAUGAGGGCGAGAGCACGGCGGGGGGGGCGGCCAGACAGAGCGAGCGAGGAGGAGGAGGAGGACGCCGAGGAGGAGGAAGGAGGAGGCAAAGAAAAGAAGCGGCGGCGGCGGCGGCGGAGGAGGGGGCGAGGAGGCGCGCGGCCCCCGCUCCCUCCCUCCCCCCCUGACCCCCGACCCCCGCCGGCCGGCCCCCAGCCCCAGCCCCGGAGGGAGCUCAUGGGAGUAUGAAGGAGAUGGUAGGAGGCUGCUGCGUAUGUUCGGACGAGAGGGGCUGGGCCGAAAACCCGCUGGUCUACUGCGAUGGGCACGCGUGCAGCGUGGCCGUCCACCAAGCUUGCUAUGGCAUCGUCCAGGUGCCAACAGGACCCUGGUUCUGCAGGAAAUGUGAAUCUCAGGAGCGUGCAGCCAGGGUGAGGUGUGAGCUGUGCCCGCACAAAGAUGGGGCAUUGAAGAGGACUGACAAUGGAGGCUGGGCCCAUGUGGUGUGCGCCCUCUACAUCCCGGAGGUGCAGUUCGCCAACGUGCUCACGAUGGAGCCCAUCGUUCUGCAGUACGUGCCUCAUGAUCGCUUCAACAAGACCUGUUACAUCUGUGAGGAACAGGGCCGGGAGAGCAAAGCUGCCUCGGGAGCCUGCAUGACCUGUAACCGCCACGGAUGCCGACAAGCUUUCCAUGUCACCUGUGCCCAGAUGGCUGGCCUGCUGUGUGAGGAAGAAGUCCUGGAGGUGGACAACGUCAAGUACUGCGGCUACUGCAAAUACCACUUCAGCAAGAUGAAGACAUCCCGGCACUCCAGCGGGGGAGGAGGAGGAGCAGGAGGAGGCAGCAGCGGCGGGGGAGGAGGUGGCAGCAGUAGUGCCAGCGGUGGUGGAGGUGGCACCGGGGGAGGCAGCGGCAACAGCUUCCUUAGCGGCAGGAGAAGCCGGUCAGCCUCGCCAUCCACCCAGCCGGAGAAGCACCCUACCCACCAUGAGAAGGGCCAGAAGAAGAGUCGAAAGGACAAAGAACGCCUUAAACAGAAGCACAAGAAGCGGCCUGAGUCCCCCCCCAGCGUCCUCGCCCCGCCUGCGGUUCCCACUGCUGAUAAGGUCUCCUCAGCGACUUCUUCCUCCCACCAUGAGGCCAGCACUCAGGAGACCUCUGAGAGUAGCAGGGACUCAAAGGGGAGAAAGUCUUCCAGCCAUAGCCUGAGUCAUAAGGACAAGAAACUGGGCACUGGGAAAGGUGUGAGCAGUUUCACCUCCGCUUCCUCCUCUUCCUCCUCCUCUUCCUCUUCCUCCUCUUCCUCCUCUGGGGGCCCUUUUCAGCCUGCAGGCUCGUCUCUGCAGAGCUCUCCUGACUUUGCAGCGUUCCCCAAGCUGGAACAGCCGGAGGAAGACAAAUAUCCCAAGCCUGCGGACCCCACCCCGCCGGCCCCUCCCUCGCCCACGGCCCCUGAGCCCCCAAAGGCUGACCUCUUUGAACAGAAAGUUGUCUUCUCUGGCUUUGGGCCCAUCAUGCGCUUCACCACCACCGCCUCCAGCUCCAGCCGGGCCCGAGCCCCUUCACCUGGAGACUAUAAGUCUCCCCAUAUUACCGGGGCCGGGGCCUCAGCAGGCACCCACAAACGGAUGCCCGCACUGAGUGCCACCCUUGGACCUGCUGAGGAGGCCCCUGAGACCACCCUGAAGGAGAAGAAACACAAAGCCAGCAAAAGGAGCCGACACGGGCCAGGCCGACCCAAAGGGAGCAGAGGCAAGGAGGGUGCUUCAGGCCCGACUGCCUCCCUCCCUGCGGCUCAGCUCGCUGGCUUCACUGCCACUGCGGCCUCACCCUUCUCUGGGGGCUCCCUGGUCAGCGCUGGCCUGGGGGGUCUGGCCUCCCGUACCUUUGGGCCUUCAGGAAGCUUGCCCAGCUUGAGCUUAGAGUCAUCUCUGCUGGGGGCAGGCAUCUAUACCAGUAAUAAGGAUCCCAUCUCUCAUGGUGGAGGGAUGCUGCGGGCUGUCUGCAGCACCCCACUCUCUUCCAGCCUGCUGGGGCCCACAGGAACCUCAGCCUUGCCGCGCCUCAGCCGGUCCCCCUUCACCAGCACCCUUGCAUCCUCUUCUGCUUCCAUCUCCACCACUCAGGUGUUUUCUCUGGCUGGCUCAACCUUCAGCCUCCCUUCAUCCCACAUCUUUGGAACCCCCAUGGGCACUGUUAACCCCCUCCUCACCCAAGCGGAGAGCAGCCACACAGAGCCAGACCUAGAAGACUGCAGCUUCCGGUGUCACGGGACCUCCCCCCAGGAGAGUCUCUCUUCCAUGUCUCCCAUCAGCAGCCUCCCUGCGCUCUUCGACCAGACGUCGGCGCCCUGUGCGGGUGGCCAGUUAGACUCCACAGCCCCCGGGACAACCAACAUGGAGCAGCUGCUGGAGAAGCAGGGUGACGGAGAGGCUGGUGUCAACAUUGUGGAGAUGCUGAAGGCCCUGCAUGCGCUGCAGAAGGAAAACCAGCGGCUGCAGGAGCAGAUCCUUAGCCUGACAGCGAAGAAGGAGCGGCUCCAAGUCCUCAACGUGCAGCUCUCCGUUCCCUUCCCCGCCCUGCCUGCUGCCCUGCCGGCCACUAACGGCCCCAUCCCAGGGCCCUAUGGACUGCUUCCUCAAGCUGGCAGCAGUGACUCCCUGAGCGUCAGCAAGAGCCCUCCCGGGAAGAACAGCCUCGGCCUGGACAAUUCCCUGUCCACCUCUUCCGAGGACCCACACUCAGGCUGCCCGAGCCGCAGCAGCUCUUCGCUCUCCUUCCACAGCACGCCCCCACCGCUGCCCCUGCUCCAGCAGAGCCCGGCUACUCUGCCCUUGGCCCUGCCUGGGGCUCCUGCCCCACUCCCACCCCAGCCACAGAACGGGCUGGGCCGGGCGCCUGGAGCAACGGGGCUGGGAGCCAUGCCCAUGGCUGAGGGGCUGUUGGGUGGGCUGGCAGGCAGCGGGAGCCUGCCCCUCAAUGGGCUUCUGGGAGGGUUGAAUGGGGCUGCUGCUCCCAACCCCGCGGGCUUGAGCCAGGCUGGCGGGGCCCCCACGCUUCAACUGCCAGGUUGUCUCAACAGCCUGACAGAGCAGCAGAGACACCUCCUUCAGCAGCAAGAGCAGCAGCUGCAGCAACUGCAGCAGCUCCUGGCCUCUCCACAGCUGACCCCAGAGCACCAGACUGUGGUCUACCAGAUGAUCCAGCAGAUGCAGCAGAAACGGGAGCUGCAGCGGCUACAGAUGGCUGGGGGCUCUCAGCUGCCCAUGGCCAGUCUACUGGCUGGAAGCUCCACCCCACUGCUGUCCGCGGGCACCCCUGGCCUGCUGCCCACAGCAUCAGCCCCACCCCUGCUGCCUGCUGGAGCCCUGGUGGCCCCUUCACUGGGCAGCAAUACAAGUCUAAUGGCUGCAGCGGCUGCAGCCGCAGCGGUGGCGGCGGCAGGCGGACCUCCAGUCCUCACUGCUCAGACCAACCCUUUUCUCAGCCUGCCUGGGGCAGACGCCAGUGGGAAUGGCCCCAAAGGAGGGACCGCUGACAAAGGAGCCUCAACCAGCCAGGAAAAAGGCUAACUCCAUCUGCCCCUACCUACCCCUACAUGGCUUGAGGGUCCUUGUCUGGAGUGGGCAACUGGGCCCAGACUCUGGAAAGCCAGGCCCAGGGCCUGUGCUGAUCCCCAGGGAGUGCAUGCCUGGCGUUCCAGGUGCACAUGGAGGAGAGAGACUGGAGGGAGCCCUUCACCUGGCCCACCCCUCACUGCACUGGCUGCUUCAGAGGGUCGGGAGGACAGGCUCCUAGCCUGCCUAGGAGACCCCAUCCUCCGCAGAUGCCUAGGGGCCCCCAAAGAGCAAAGUAGGUCUCAGCAUGAGAGAUGGAGGGUUGGUUGGACCUACCACAUAAACCAAUCAGCACUUGAAUGGGGAAGGUGGAAGAAGGGUGGACCCCCAGGCCUAUCCCUGUGUGGAAAUUUCUUACGGAGAAAGGGCUGGGCCCACCUGACCUUCCGUUUCUUCCCAGCAGAAGGGAUCCAUCCCUUUGACUGUUUCUUAUCAUCCCUUCCCACUGAGGGUCACAAGCUGAGCUUGGAAAAGCCUACAGAUGUGGGGGGCUGAGGAAGGGCAGGACAGCACUUCUUGGGGCCCCAUGAUGGGGCUGGCUGGGGACGUCCCGUGCUGACCUGGGUGCCCUGCCCCUUUUUGCACUAUUGGCUUGAGGAGUGCCGAGGGUGGGGAGAGGGGGCUGCCUGACUCCACAGAUUGUGAGUGUGUGAGUGUGUGUGUGAGUGAGAGAAAAAGAGAGAGAUGGUUAGUCUGUUUAACCUGUCUGUCUAUCUGUCAUUUCUUCCUCUGGACCUGGGGCAGCCAAGGGCAAGGACAGGAGCAGUGGCCAGUACUGGGGCAGUGGCCAGUACCGGGGCAGUGGCCAGUACCAGGGCAGGAGCUCCUAGCUCUUGCAUCCUCUACCCCCUCACCAACUCUGCUCCUUUUCCAGGGCAUGAAUGGUUAACUUAUAAAAAACAUAAAACAAACAACAGACCAGUACCUCCAGUAUUGGAGAAUUCCUAGGGGCUGGGGGCUCUGAAUCAGGGUAAUACCCUACCUUCCCUCCCCUCUACCCCACCUCAGGGCCCCUCAGGGCCUCCUCCCCCACUGUUAGUUUGAUCAGUCCUGGCACAAGAGAGUAGGGGAGGGGUAAAGUGCCACUUCUUUUUAGCAAAAGUCUCCCUCUCCGAAGUAGCUAGCCUGCCUCUUGAAUCCUUUCACCAGCUAGUAGAGCCACUUAAGCUAACAACCACCCCUUACCCCACCAGCUAUUUUCCAGGGUGUAGUAAUAAGUGGCAGAGACUUUCUGCCCAGGGCGGUAAUGAAAAACGUUGAGUGGGACACGGAGCACCGCCAAGGAGGCCUUGUGUCCCUUUUGGUUGCACUGGCUGGGACUGAGGGUCAGUUCCAGUUUCCCUUGCUCAUGUCUGUGGGUCUCUGCAUGUGUGCAUUUUGGUGUGUUUACGUUUGAGUUUUGUUGUUGGGGGUUUUUUUUGUUGUUGUUGUUUUUUUUUUUUUUUGCUUGUUUGUUUUGGUUUUUUUUUUUUUUUAAUAAAGAAAAGGUGUAUAUUUUUGGCAAGGACAGAAACGUAGUACAGAUAUAUUUUUGCCUGUGCUGCUCAACUGUUGUCCCUCACUCCCACCCCCCAUGAUCUGGGAAAUACUAUUCCUGUUGAUAAGACAGGAAUAAGAUAGGAUAAGAUAGGAUGGGCCGGGACCCUUCAGAGGCAACCCUUUGACACUUGGAAGGACUUUGGGGGACAGUUGAGAUGACCUCAGAAAUACUUUUCUAACUGCUAUUACUAGAAAGACAUCUUCAUCUCUUCCGCUCUUGUAGACCUCCUUGUCUACGAGCCAGUGAUUCUUCAGAUUCGUCUACGACCUUUUUAUCCAGGCCCACACCCUUGCCCCACGCAGAGCCAAGUACCCUGCAUUGUGGCGCAGGGGUGCUCGGGGCUCUGGAACUCUGUUCUCAGCAGUUCCCUGGGCUCCUUUCCCUGUUCUGGGCCAGGCAGGAUGCCCUAACAGAGUCAGGUCAGGCUUGCAGAGGCCUCUGGGCUGGAUGGUUUGGUGUUGGCUCCUCUUUUUUGGGGGUGGGGUGGGGUGGGGAGGCGUUUUUCGAGACAGGGUUUUCUCUGUGUAGCCCUGGCUGACUUAGAACUGGCUGUGUAGACCAGGCUGGCCUCAGACUCAGAUCUGCCUGCCUCUGCCUCCAGAGUGCUGGGAUUAGAGGCGAGCUGGUGGUGCUAUUCCAUAUCCUGAGACAUGAGGAGAGGUGUGGCCUGGUGCCGCAGCACAGGGAGAAUUAGGGUCCUUGGGAGGGACCAGGGUUCUGCAAAAUGGCUCUGAUGACCUCACCUUUUUUUUUUUUAAAGACAAGGUCCCAAGUGCUGGGGUUAAAGGCGUGCGCUACCACGCCCGGCACAAGGUCUACUCUUAAUGUAGCUUUGGUCGUCCUGGAACUUGCUAUGUAGACCAGGCUGGCCUCAGCCUCCUGAGUGCUGGGAUUAAAGGUGUGUGCCACUAUGUCUGGCUUUGGUCCAUUUUUUUUGAUAAAGAGCUUGGUAGAAGGAGAGAAAGGAUGCAGAUUUGGGGCCAUCUCUAUCUGGGAGGGGGAGGAUGUGGUUUGCAGAGCGGAAGUGGAGUCUCAGAAUGCAUGAGUGGAUCUUAAUGUCACCACCCUAAGUGAGAAGAGGUGAGCGGGUGACAGAUGCUGAGCCUGUGCCCACCAGGGCAGGGGUGGCUGGGUCAUGGCUGAUGGAUGCUGAUCAGGGGGUCAUUGGAGCUGGCUUUACAGGCUACUGCUCUAAACCUAGGAGUGACGUGACCUCAGCAACAGCAGUGACAAGCCUUUGUACCUGGCCUUCUGGUCAUAACUGCCUGACUGUCAAGCCUUUUAGCUGCAGCUGGUUGGCUGGCUGUCCCUGUGUGUGUGGUGAGUGUGGUGGUGUGAGUGUAGUAGGGUUGUGCCCGUGGCGGGAAGGUAUCUAUGUAGCACUGACUGUCUUAGCUCUGAGCUGACGAAUCCUCCACAGACAAUGACACUUUAAGGGUUGCCUUUAAGAGAAGAAAUAAAUUGUAUGUCCCAUCCCCCUCUCCCUCAUCCCCCAGCUUGUGGGUGUCCCUCUCAAGCUCCUGGGUCUACUGCUGGUGAUCCCUUCCCUUCCUUGUGUGAAGACCCAGGGAGUUCCCACCCUAGACUCCUAGGAAGGGCCUAGACAAAUGAGAGCCCAAAGAGGCUACCAGUUCCAUUUCCUCUUCCCACCCUGGAAAUGCUGACCUGUUUUCAGAGACACAGGCCCGCCCUGCUAGUCUCAGUCAUCCCAAGAGUGCAGAGGGCCAAAGGGAGUAACAGACUGCUGGUGCCUGGGGAGAGGUGCCCACUAGGACAGAGGGAGGUGGGGCCAGGGAGAGGUGCCCGCUAGGACGGAGGGAGGUGGGGUCAGGGAGUCCCUCUGUUCCCUCCAGCCGCUUCCUCCUGGAUUACAGGUGUGUCUAGUUCCCAGCAGACCACCUUGUCUUGACCUACUGAAGCGUUGGGGACUGAGGACCGUCCUCUUUCUCCUGUGUUCACUUUCUCCAGCCCCACUUGGGACUGAAGACCCGAAGGACUGUGGCUCCCUUCCUUCCAUCCCAGCCUGUUUCCAUGUAGCAGACCCUUCCUAAGGGAGCAAGGAAGGGAAGCCACAGAUUGCAAACCCAGGGGCUCAUUUUUCAUUCUUUCUGAAACCUUUAUAUCCUCAGCCCAAGAGACGGUGUUCCCCUGCGACCUCCAAGCCUGGAAUUGUGCAUAGCCUGGGUCUUGUAUCUUUGUAUAACGGAUGUUAUUUGUACGAAGGGCAGUUCGUAAACAGCACUUGUUCUUUUAAUAAAAGAAUGUUUUACUAAAAAAAGAAAAUCCAAA